AUGCCACUGCUUAUUCAGGCAGUGCCUUUGGCAAAGAAUUGGCACGGUAGCCACUACUGGCGCACACCCGAUUUCGACACCUUCCCCGAGGAGCUUGAGUACCUACCGAGAGAAGAGAUAACAAAACGAUUCGAGAAACUCAACCUAAUCGCCCGCAGGACUUACCCGACCAUCUGGCCAAACAUCAUCUUCAUCCUCUUCUUCCUUGGUCUCACCGGUGCUGCGGGAUAUGCGCUCUCUAAGAUUGGGUCCUCAAACUUGUCUAUUAUGGGCCAGGGAAUCUGUUUUUUGUUGCCUAUCGCCAUUGUGGUCUGGGUUAAAGUCCGCAAGGAUACCAAGGCUCGUGCGCGUCGCAGGAUCGAUCACCACCAAACACCUGAUGACCAUGAGGGGAGCGAUAUUGCAACCCUGCAUCGUGUCUCUUGGGUCGACCCGCGCCAUCGUCGUGAGCACCCUACACAAGGUCCACAGGAGGGCGAUCAGGACCAACGACCUCCUUCCUUCAUCCGCCAUACUCCUGAAGAGCCAUCGUCGACUGUUACCCCUCCCUCACCCAUCGUUUCUCUGUUCGAGACCAUCCGAGCCCGGACACAACGUGGUCGCACGACUUCUGUAGACUCUACCAACAGCACCAACUUUGUGACACUCCCACCACAACAACAAGAAAUCGACAUCUCCUCCUCAACAGCAACUACAACAGAGACCAACACCCCUAAUAUCUCACCCGCCUCUUCCUCCAUCCCCUCGGCAACAAGAGGCGAAUCCCCGACCACGAUUUUUACCGCCGGCGCGUCAAUAUGGAGCAUCAUCAGGGAGUAUCUGGGUAACUCUCUCUGCUAUGGUUUCUGCUUUGCUGAGCCUAAGGUGUGGCUGAUCGAGAUUUCGUUGAGAGAGUGUCAAUUGGACGAGUACGCGUUGAUGGUGCCUAGUCCGGUGUAUUGCGAUUACAGAUUGCCCGGGUAUGAUGAUGUCAUUGCUGGAGCAGGUGGAAGUGCAGGAGAGUCGUCAGGCAUUGCCGCAGCGGCAAGUUCUAGUCGGACAGGAUUGAAUCGGUACAAUGGUCUGCCGCCUGCCUAUGAGAGUGAGUCCGAGUCGGAGGGCGAGGAUGAUGAUGACCUUGACGAUGAGGAUGAUGAUGACGAUGAUGAUGAUUUGGAGUCGGAUGGUAUCGAAGCCCAGAUCCAGGACUCUACAGGAUAUCGACUCACACGACCAACGCCAGCCCACCUACCAGACAUUGGAACCGGCAGCAACAGUGCCAGCGCGUCAACCAUGGCUGCCAACAGUUUACAACCCCCGAUGGAGAUGAUCCAACGACCUUUCGAGAUGACAUCCAUCGUCGUCCUCGCAACCCCACAAUCCUCUGCUACUACCACCUCAGGAACCCCACCACCACCAACACGACCAUUCCCCUUCAAUACCUAUGGAUCUAGCAGUUCACAAGAAUAUACCCCCAACGACCCCCGCCAUAUGACCCAGUCGUCCAUCUCGCUACCCUCUAUUGUUGAGGUUCCAGCAGACGCGAGCAAGUAG